ACAAGGUUCAGAGGCUGAAAUUCCUCUGACCGUCAUGAGUACCGAUGAGAAGAAAACGCUGUUGGAGACUGCAGAGACUUCAAACUUUCAAGCCUCGUUGUCGGGACAGCGGCCGCGGCCAGCCUAUAAGCUCUAUCCUGCCAGAUUCGUUAUCCUCGCCGUACUUGCGCUGCUAAACACAUCAAACGGAAUGUUGUGGAUUACGUUCGCGGCGAUUGCACCCAGCGUGAAGUCGUUCUAUAGUCUCGACUCUGACCUCCUUGUUAAUCUCUUGUCGCUCAUCUUCUUCGUCGUCUGCAUACCGGGUGGUUUCGUUGGAGCGUGGGUGCUCGACACAUGGGGACUGCGGACAGGGUUACUUGUUGGUGCAUGGUUGAAUGGAGUCGGAGCCAUCGUUCGAUAUUUCAGUGCAUUUGGCCACCACUAUUAUUCUGUCUUGAUGACAGGGCAAAUUUUAUGUGCCGCCGCACAGCCCUUCAUUCUGUUUGCACCGACAAAACUGACUGCCUUGUGGUUUGGCGAGACAGAACGUGCAACGGCUAACAUGGUUGCUUCCAUCGCGAAUCCUGUGGGCAUUGCGAUUGCUACAGCAGUUUCACCACAUUUGAGUUCUCCUUCUAGGAUGGACGUGUUAUGGGUCUAUGCAAUUCCUGCUGGUGCUGGGGUGAUAAUGACGACAAUUGUUUUCUGUAUCUGGGGUUCCAAGCCAAAAACUCCACCUUCGACAUCAGCAUCCGAUGAAAAGACAAGCUUUUGGAAGGGACUCAGGCAGUUUUGGAAAUUCAAAUGGUAUGUUAUGUUAAUGAUUGGUUGGGGAUUCGGAGUUGGUCUGUUCAAUGCUCUUCAGACAUUUAUUGAGCAGCUUGUGUGCACAAGAGGUUACUCAGAGGGAUUUGCUGGAUUAUGUGGAGCUCUCCUCAUUCUAUUUGGUAUCCCCGGUGCUCUCAUAGCUGGCAUUAUUGUCGACCAUACUCGGAAGUACAAGGAAAUAAUGAAAGUGAGCUACGUAUUUGCAACCGGAGCUCUCAUCUGGUUUACUGCUGCGAUACGCUACGAAAACGAGGAGGUGCAGAUUGCUGCUGCCAUGUCAGUGUUUGGAUUUUUUGCUCUUGCCAUGUUGCCGGUUAGCAUGGAGUUGAGUGUUGAGUGCACGUUCCCGCACAUGUCCGAAGCCACCGCAGCAGGUCUUCUUUGGACGAUGGGGCAGAUUAUGGGCAUAAUAUUAGUCUUCAUCGGUCAAGUUCCUGGUCUUGUUACUCAGCUCAAUCAAAUACACGCUCCAAACAAUACUUGCUCGUCCAAGCCCAAUCCGACAAUUUCUACAACAACUAGAAUGACUCCGACUCCAAGUACUGCACAGGACACUGUUUCGGACAUGAUAAAUUAUUCCUGGAUGUUAUGUGGAAUAACAGCAUUCUUAGCCAUAGGUACAAUUCUGUUUUUCUGGCCGCAUUAUCGACGGAUUGAACGCGAAUAUGAAGUCAGUGUGAUGACUAACGAGUCUAGUGAAGGCGUAGACGACACUGUUAAUUGAAAGCUGUUUGGCGAUUAGUUGUGACUACAGACGGGUAUUUGAUUUUGUAUUUAAACUUAUUUAUGGAAUUUUGCUUUUAAUCUGAGAUUUAAUCUUAGAUUGAUUGAUUUUACUAUAUGUGUAUAUUAGUAUUAGUACCAAGUGUGAAUUUAGAAUCAGUUGAUUGGA